AUGCAGAAGCUUCGCGCCGACUGGACGAAACACUUCGACUCGGAAAAGGCCAGCAUGACAGCGUUCCGCGACUAUGACUUCGAGCGUCGUGUGAACGAUAUGCGGCGCCUGCAGAACGCCGUCGACCAUUUCGACCACGCGGUAAGGCAGGGCAUGAUGGCAAUGAAGGAAAUCGCGAGCGCGUACGAGGCUGUCGGGCAGGCCUUCACGGAGCUGACCCUCACCAACAACAACCCCGUUCCCGGCCCAGGGGAGGCCGAAGAGCCGAACCCCUAUCCGACUGAAGCGGAUGUGCAGUACAUGUCGCAGCCCAACGCCGGCGCCGCAGCGGCGGACUACGCUGCCUCCGUCGCGAGCACGCGCAUGCCGGACGAAGCCAACUCGCAGGUGCGCCGCCUGGCAAAGACCUUCGCUGAGGAGGCGCGCCGCAUUAACGAGGGCCCGCCGUUCCAGUCGUACAACGCCGGCAUUCACCGCGACGUCCAUAACCGCCUCCUCCCUGUUUUGGAGCACCUGAAGAGCAUCAACGAGUACCGCCACAAGCACAUCGAGGCACUGGAGCGCUACAACAAGUACAAGGCCGAAGUCGAGAAGGUGGAGAAGCACUACACGAAGAAGGGAAAACCGUUCUGCGACAGCAAGGGCCACAAGAAAUACACCGAGAAGCGCGACGAGGCGUGGAAGGAGUACAUCACGCGACGCGACAAGUUCAACAAAACCUUCGGUAUGCUGAUGGAGGUGAACGACCACGCCGCCGCACAGAUCAUCCACCGCUACCUCGUGCUGAACCACGAGUAUCUGCAGCAGCUCGUGGCCUCGAUGGACCGCGUGCUGCCAGCGAUGGCGGAAGUGUAUCCGCUCAACAACGAGUACAACAGCCUCCAGAACACGCUGAUCCUCGAGGCGGUCGCGAACGCGAAAACGCCGUUCGCCGACCACUCGAAGAUACGUUCGAAGCAGGCUGAUAGUGACAAGAGCGAUGGCGCCGGGGACGAGAGACACGAAGAUGUUCAGGAGGCUAUGGACGCCCAUUACGAGGCCCAGCAGAGCACUCUCACUUCCAUGAGCUCGGACGGUGGAAGCAACCUCGCCUCCGGCUCACGGCUGGAGGAUUCGGUCAGCUACGACGCGCACGUGAAUCCAUCGACGGCGUUAGAGUCCAUGGAGCAGCCGCCUGACCCGGAGCAGGACGACGUCUAA